AUGCUCGCUCCGUGGCUUGAAGCAGUGGUGCCUUUGGCGCUGAUCACCACCUUCAUUGUGAUGCAAGGAGGCCUCCAGGGCGCCGUUCAGCAAGCAUUCUACGGCAAACCCAAGGCAACGGACGUGGAUGAGUGGGACCGCUUGGUGAAGGCCCGUGACGAGCGACUGGUGGAGGAGUGGAAGCGCCAUGGUUGA